GGAAGGAGACGCCAUUAGAGGGAGGCGGAGAGGGAGUGUUCGCCUUUCGUCGGUUGCCUGACGUGGUUGCUGGGGCCCUUCAUUCUCGGACUUUCCUUCGGCCCUUCGAGGCCUCGCCCCAGCAGGCGGUGGAGACGACGCCGGGUGUUGGCGAGCCACUGCCAAGGGCCGCGACCGUGAAGGCGCUGCGGCGGCUGUGGGGAGCUCGGUGCUGCUCUAGAGUGCGGGUGGCUGGCAAGCGACGGGAUGGCUGCGGCCGGCGGUGGGGCGGCGGCGGGCCGAGCCUAUUCGUUCAAGGUGGUGCUGCUGGGAGAAGGUUGCGUGGGGAAGACGUCGCUGGUACUGCGCUACUGCGAGAACAAGUUCAACGACAAGCACAUCACCACUUUGCAGGCAUCAUUCUUAACAAAGAAGUUAAAUAUUGGUGGGAAGAGAGUAAACCUUGCUAUAUGGGAUACAGCAGGUCAAGAGAGAUUCCAUGCAUUGGGCCCAAUUUACUACAGAGAUUCAAAUGGAGCUAUUUUAGUUUAUGAUAUAACAGAUGAAGAUUCUUUUCAGAAGGUAAAAAACUGGGUCAAAGAAUUGCGGAAAAUGUUGGGAAAUGAAAUCUGUUUAUGUAUAGUUGGUAAUAAAAUAGACUUGGAAAAGGAGAGACAUGUUUCCAUUCAAGAAGCAGAAUUGUAUGCAGAAUCUGUAGGAGCAAAACAUUAUCAUACAUCAGCCAAGCAGAAUAAAGGAAUUGAGGAACUGUUUCUUGACCUUUGUAAAAGGAUGAUAGAAACAGCACAAGUGGAUGAGAGGGCAAAAGGCAAUGGCUCCAGUCAACCAGGAGCUGCAAGGCGAGGUGUACAGAUUAUUGAUGAUGAACCUCAAGUCCAGAGCGGUGGUGGAGGGUGCUGUUCUUCUGGAUAACUCUUCACACCUAAGAAAUUAAAACAAACUGUGGAUCAUUGCCCUCAACAUGAAGACUGCCAUAUUCCAAGUCACGUUAUUUUACCAAUGGAAUAAUAGAAUUAACAGUAUUUUAAAUUACGUUUAUAACACUGCAGAGACCUUAAGUGCUAAACUUAGUGGAGUUUGUGACCAGAGAAUUGGCAUUUUCUACAAAUGUUAACAAAGCAAUUACCAAUGGCCUUUUUACAUAUUCUUUUCUUUAAUAAGGAUUAAUAUGCAUGUAGAAAAGACCUACUUAAAGGCUUCAUUUAUAUUCUUUUAAAUCAAAUCUUUAUUUAAUAACUUAUAUAUGUUGUUGGAAUGGUAUACAUUUUGCAGCCCUUUGUAUUUUGUGGUAGUUUUGAAUUGUAUCACUUCUAAACAGCAAACUGUUUUUGUUUUCGUUUUGUUUUUUUUAAUUAGCAGAUACCUGAAGUUCUAUUUUUGCAGGGUUUGCACAAGCCCCUAACUGUCUACUACUUUGGUAUAAUCUAUAUACAUCCUGUAUGCUGAGCUGGUAAAAUACAUUGUACAUUACAUAUUAAAUAUUUUAUCUGCUUUUACAAGCGCAAGGUGCAAAAAUAUAUACAGUAGUCUCAUUGAUGACUGUAAAGUGAUUAACAUUUGAUGAUAAUGCCUAAGCUUUUUGACUCUGAUAUAUAAAGAUCAUAGCUCCCUUCACUUUUGUCUUAAUUUGAAAGUGGCGUGUUUAAAUUUUCACAUAUACUUUACUUGAAUUAUUGCUGUUGUCACGAUUUUGCCUCUGUAAGUACAUCUGAUGAUUGAACAGCAGCAUUUGCCUUUUGGUUUGGGUUGGUAUUUUUGUUUUGUUUUGUUCUUCUAAUUAUAAAAGAGGUGACUUCUGCCAAUUUUGCUUUAGAAUGGUUAUCUCAGUAGUAUUUGAGUGGAGCAUGCUGAGUUUCACUUCUUCAAUGGCUUUAGUUUCUCUUAGGCUUUAUAGGAGAUGGGUUCACUGGUGUGAGAAGAGAGGAGGUCCCAGAUAGAAGCCACUCACCAAGACUCAUUCAUGCAGCAUGUUAGUGGUAGUUUAUGCUCCUCAGGCAGCACUUUUAGAUCCUUUGAGAGCAAGUUGUAUUCGUUCAGUGCUUACCAGAGAUGAACACAGAAAGCUAUGUUUAAUUUUAUAAGAGCUGUUUGGAGUUUCUGUGAAGGGAAACAUUUCAUUUAAUGCAGUUGCAGCGAACACUGGAAAGAUUUAUUAUAAAAUUAUAUUCUUAUAUACUUCGUAAAUUAGUCUCAUUAGAUUUUUUUUUCCUUAAGCAUAGGACUGAACUUAAAUUUGUUCAUUUUAGUAGAAUCAGGCACAGCUUACAGAAGAAACACAAAUUGUAGAAAUUAACAUAAAUUGUUCUUGUUUUAAUAUAUAUAUUUUUCCAUUUCUGUCAUGCUUGGAAAACUAGUAAAUGUAUGUCUAAGAUAAAAUGUAAUGGUCCCUGGAUUUACUUCUUAUAAGAAGCAAUAGUAUGCAAUAAAGUUGUUAGCAUGAGCAGUUACGAGGAUAUAAAGAGGUUAUAGUUACUAGAGAAUUACUACCAUAUUUUAAGUUAACAAGCUUAAACUUUCCCAAAUGAGUUAAAAAUUGAAUGAAUUGACACUUUAAUGUUAUGAUGUUAGAAUUUUAACUUAGCAUAAGAGUUCUAUGAGCCCUCGGUUUACCAUUUUAAUUAUUGUCCUUGCCAAACUAAAUACACUGACCUCUGUGUGUGUUUUUGGGAUACUGGGGUGGGAAAGUCAGGGAAAGAAGCUAAAAUUGUCUUUUAUGGGAUAACUGUACUCCGUGUAGUUUCUGGGUUUCCUGUGAAAUAAGUGUUUAUGCAGGGGGUUGGGGAAGGUGGGGAAUCAUGAGGACAAUAGAAGAAAAUUGUUUUGGCCGCCUUUCAAAGGUAGUAAAAAAAGCCUUGCCAUUUCUACUGUUGUAGAUGGGAAAUAAGUUCUUUUCCAUUGGAGUGAAAUAGGUUUUCUAACAGAGAGAUGAAAUUGAGCUUUAUUCCAAAAAAAUAAAGCCUAAUAAUUGGAGAACUGUAUUCUGAAUUUGGACACUAAAGUCCAAAUAGGAACCUGUGUUCCGGAGUUGCCACAUAAUUAUUGGUGGGCUAUAACCACUUUCCUGCUGGGGUUUUUUUUUUUUUUCCUUCCUUUCUUGGUUUCUAUGUAUCUUUCUUAACCUCAAGCAUUUUAUUAAUUUUUUAUCCUGUAAUUAAAUUCAAUAGCAACAGUAGAUAAUAUAGUAUACCUGUCUUUGCUCUGAAGACCCCCCUAAAAGUCUUUAGGUAACAAUAGGGUGAAAUGGUAAUGAAAGACUGAUCAAUUAUAGUAUGUUUCCAAAGGAGAGGUAAAGAGAUGUUAGACUGAGGAUGAGGAAGUUCUUCUGAUACUUUCUCCAUAUCUGAUAUAUCUUUUAUGUUCCUGUCCUUGUAAUUGUGCUAUUAGGAAGAAGACACAAACCACCUACCAUGUUAUGUAUUAAAAGUAAUAGGUAGGUAGAAUCAAUGUAUUUUUCAAAUGGUAAGUGUAUAUACUUAGUAUAUUUAAAAAUUGGUUUAGGAUAGUCAUUAAAAAUACCUGAAUAUUAUGUUAAAAGUAUAUAAUCUUUUCUGUAAUGCUAAUGGCUAUCCUGCACCUUGUUUUGCUAGGUGAUUACAGAAGAAGAUUAUUGUGGGGUUUUUUUUUGUUUUUAGAAGAUUAUUGUUUUUAAAAAUGUAUAUUACAACAAUUUUGGGGUAAACAGUAAUCUGAAAAGAAAAAAGCAUCAUGUUAUUGGAUUAAAUAAGAGUGUUUGAGUUUGUUUUGUUCUAGGGAUGUCUCCUGAAAAUACCCUAGAUCUAUGUCUGUUAGAGCUAAUUUAAAAUCUUUUUUUAUGUUAGCCAUGUAUUACUUCUUAGUGAUAACUUUUAAUUCAUUAAGAAAAAUGAAUCAUAUUCAUUUUUAGAUUCUUAGUAAGAAAAUAUAAAAUUUGGGAACUAGGGAAGGGAUAGUGAAGAGUAGAAUGGAAGUUAAGUAGAUUUGAAACUGUAACCUGACAAUUUUUAAAAUAAUUUUGAAAAAUAUGUUACUUUUAUCGCAUAGUUCCUAAAUAAGUCAAGCUAUGCAUCAUGCCAGACUAUUCGGAGAUUUAAAAAAUGAAUUGUGAUGCUGAUUAUUUCUUUUAAUUCAUAGUUUGUGAUUAUCUGUAUUAUAAAUGCUACCAAGAGUCUAGAUCAUUGUACUUACUCCAGAUAAUACAGUUUUCCCUUAUACUUACCACUUAUUUUCAGAAGUGGUUUGAUACAUGCCUUUAACUGUUCAAAUUUAUCUUUUAACUUGUUUGCCGUUACAGUUUUCAUAGGUCCUUUAUAGAUACAAUGUGAUAAAGAAGGAAUACGUAAUUGGAGACCGUUUAAGAUGUUGGGGUCUUCUACACAAGAGUGUAGAAGUAGUGACCAGCCGUAGCCUCACAAUAAUGUCUAAAGAUUUACAGACUGCAUGAAUCCUUCAGUAUUGUUUUCUAAAUGACAAAAUGCAUUACCUACACUUUAAUAAUUAAAAGCUGGAAUUCAUUGAACAUACACAUUUAUUUGAUUUGAUAAUAGGCAUUGAUUCUAGUAUGUUGCUGUUCUGUAGUUUUAAUCAACUAAAACAGAGUAAUGUAUUUGGUUGUUGGCCAAAAUUCAUGCUACACAUAGGUCUUACUUUGAUGGCUUUUCCUUUUUCAAGAAAAUAAUUUCUAAAUACUCCUGAGAGUUUUCAAUAUCAAGCAAAAAUGAUUCACUUCUAAACAAGUAUCACUUUACUUUAUCUGGGAUUUAUAUAUUAUCUCUUUUCUGAAGAGCUGGGUGUACUUUUGAGUGUUAACUUUUCUACUGUAACAACAUCUCUGCGGUAGAUAAAAGAGCGUCACAAGUUAUUGUACAUUGUAAACCCAGUAAGAAAGCCUCUUGCCCUCUUCAGAAGCCUGCACAUAUGUCCAAAUGCAUCACAUUAAAGCCAAAAGAUGGGCUUGCCUACUUAAACGAACUUUAUUCCCAUUGUAUCAGUUCUUACCUUUAUUUUAAUACUUCCUGGCAGCUGUGUCAUCUCUUCAUUAUCAAAUACUCAAGAAAAAGCUAAUAUGAUUUCCUUAAAUUUGAAUUUUUGUGGAGCAAUGAGAGAAAGCUUAGGGAUAGCAGAUAUGAAGUAUGAUAAUGUUGAAAACUAGACAACGGUGGUAUUCGCUAAACUGUAUUUUGCAGUGAGCUAUUUUAAGGAAACGAUAUGUGACUUCCUAGAACUGUAAAGUUCUUCAUUUUGUAUUUAAUUAUCUGAGUAAGAAUGUAUUCUAGGAAAGGGAAUAAAAAUACAGGUAUGGUAAAUAUGCCCUUGAGGACCCCUCCCAAGUGAUAGCUCUCGGUCUCUAAUACGUACUCUUCAGUUAACUUUUUGCUGUGCAUUUAUAUACAUUUUUACCUGUAGAAAGGCAUAGUAUUGUGGGUUUUAAAUUUUUACAUGAAGUGUUCUUACUAUGCAUAUGUUUUGCAACUUUUGCUUUUUUCUCAUACCAACCCACCUAGGAGCUCUUACGUCUGUAUUACAGACUUUCAUUUUCUCCCACAUUUCUGUGGGCAUGUUUUGCCUUUUUUAAUAACCUCUGACUGCCCAUGAAACCUCCCAUAAGAUAUCUGGUCAGUUUAAUGGACUUCAUUUGAAUCAUAAAAUUUUAAGGCAAACCAGUGCUUGCUUAGAAUCAGAGUCUCCCUACGCGUGUGAAUCAGGAAAUUAAAAAGGUACCUGCUUACAAUACAUUUGAAGUACAUGACUUCUGGGCUACUGUUGACUGAUUAAUAUAUAAAAUUCAGGAGUUAACUUUAACAGAUUAUUUAUUUAGAAUAGGUUUUUAUUUGAAGGAAGAAGGGGGAAAGUAUGGUAUAAACUAAAACAAGUCUUGAUUCAGCUUGGAGUAGUUAAGUCAUGCAAGGCUUCAUGCUACCAAAAAUUUAAAUUUCCAUUUUAUCUGUACCUUUAAUACAGAAUAAAAAAUGAAAGUUCCUUUUCAGCUCUUCUUUCCCCACCAUCCUACGUAUCUCUUUAGAGGUAACCAUUGUUAACAAUUAAGGUGUGUUUGUCUCUGUUAUAUAAAAAUGUUUUUGUUUAUGUCUGACCUUUGUGUUUCACUCCCUGAAAGCCAACUUUUACCCUACGUCAAAUUCCAUCAAGAACAAACCAGCGUCCCACUUGAAAGCAAGUAAAAAUAGUGGUGACAGUUCAAGAACUAGAAGUGAACUGACUCUCAAGAUGUUUUGUGUUCAUCAUAAAUUAAUCUUAAGGAGUAACACAUUCUGGCAAACUCACACCGUUACUGGUUUCUAUCCCUUAUAGGAAAAGGGCUGAGAAAGGACUGCAAGUGAAGCUUCCUAAUGCCCAUGUAAUUUUGGGUUGGGCUCAUUCUCGGCAUCCUUUCUUACUUGGCAUUACUGUGUCCCCAACACUCACUUUAGGUAUUUCUCUGCACUGUCAAGGCAGUACCUUAGCAUGUUAGUGCCAUGACAGAAAGUUAACCAUGUUCUCCAGAACAAAACUUUUAUUCAUAUUUGACUUUUAAUGAAAACAGCAAUUGCACAGCUCCAUGAUUUUGUUAAUAAUUUCUGGAUGGUCUUUCAAAAAACAACACAUUCUGGUUUUCAUGCCUGUUCUAUCAGUUUCAUCCAGUGCCUGCUGUGUGCCCAGUGCCCUUUAUAGUUAGAGAUUAAAAUUGGAGAGCCAUUGCUCAUAGUCCAGGAUUUGAGUAGUUUAUCUGUGGGUAUGAGGUCAACUAAUACAUGUUCACAUUCAGUAUUUGAUCAGAUACAUGCCAGUGAGACUUGGGGUAAUUAGGAUGACAGUUCAAGUUGAUAAUGAAAGUUGAGGUAAAGCUGGACAGAUGAUUUUGAGCCUUGCAAAUAAUUUUCCAGACAGACUAAAAUAGAAUAACUUGUUUUCUAGCUUCAAGGGGGCAAUUAAGUGGUCCUCAGGCCCAGAUUGCUCUUCCAAAUUUUGUAAUAAUAGUGAAGAAACAAAUGCCUUGUGGUUAUUUAGACAGCUGAUCUGUUUUUAGCCUAGGAAAAAAAUGCAUUUGAGAAAGCAAUUGUAUAGCUCUCUGUGCCUGUGACAGAUGUUUUCUUCGCGUUGUCACUAGACAGUAACCCAAGAAACAAUUCAUUACUGUUUGGAAGAGUGUAACAGUGUAAUUUGUGACUUUCUAAAUAUACUUUCCAAUUUGGGAGUUUGGGGUCCUCUUUUUCCUACCUGAAAUUGGAGACAUGCCAGAAAGAUAGCUUAAUGAAUAUGAGUCUUCUGCUAAUCUUUCCAGUAUGGUUUAAGGAUAUCUUUUUAAGUACCACAUAUUAGUAUAGGUAAUACCAUCUAGAUCGCCUCUUGGCCUUUUAGGGCAGAAAAUAGAAUGAAAUCAUUGGCUUUUUUAUAAAAGUAUUCCUUGAGCUAGUUACUAAGAAGUAACUUAAAUUUAUCUGUAUUAAUUCAUCUGCACUAAUUCAUGAAAGGUGAAUAAUUUCAAAGAUCUAGUGACAGUUCUUCAAAAUGUAAAAGCCCUGUAAAGGAAAAACAACACAGCAAGAGCAAGAUGCUUUGAAAAUUUUUGGCUGUGUCCGGGGUGACAAAAUUAUACUUUUGUCCAAAAACUAUAUGUAAUAGAAGCUCCUCCUCCUCCCCACCCCAGAAUUCCAUAUUGAUGCAUUUAAACCUGAAAAUGUACUGAAGAAGUGGCAUGAAUAGUUUCUCCCUUCGAAGAUUUUAAGGCCAACAGUGGUGGAACAAGAAAAAUCACAGAUGAAGGACAAUUUUGGUUGAACUUGAAUGAAGAUGGUCAGAUUCGGCAUUUAAUUUACUGAGUACUUCUUUUUGAUAUGUUGUCUUCCAGUGACAUUUGAUAAUUCUGAUUUAUCAACAUUUGGUUCACUGCUUUGCCAGAACUAUAGGAGCACUGCUGUCUUUUGAUCAAAAAUUUUAAAAAUUACUAACAUGAUGUAGAAUUAUUUGUCAAGUAAUCACUGUGUGCCAUAAAAGCACAAUUCUCAUAAAAGCAAACUAUGGAUUGUGUGGCAGGGAUAUGAUUCAUAAAAAUUGAAGGAGGGCAGGAACUGGCUGGGUAGCUAAGUUGGUUAAAGCAUUAUUCCUAUGCACCAAGGUUGCGUGUUCAAUCCUUGGUUCGGGGCACAUACAAGAGUCAACAAAUGAAUGCAUAAAUAAGUGGAACAACAAAUCCAUGUUUCCUUUCUCUAAAAUCAAUCAUUUGAGGGGAGUUCCUUAAAUGCAAAACUAAGAUAAAGUGUAGUGUUGAAUGAGAGCUUUAUACAAUCUGAUAAUGAUUCUUAUCUGUUUUUAUUGAUAGCAAAUCCUGGGAAUAUGGGUGGGUGCAAUUAAAUAAAAAUUGAUAUGGGAUUGGGAGUAUUAAUAGGCAAAAAUCCAAAAUAAAUUGUCAAAGGAUCAAAGUAUUUGUAGUGGUGCUAAAGAAACAAAGCAGGUCCAAGCCAAGCACUGCUUUUUGUAAAAAGGAAAAAGAGCUUGUGUUUAAUAAUAAUGAAGUUUUGGGGAUAUCAGCCUAAUGAUGCCUUAUGCUGACAGUAUUUUAAAGUCAGCUUUAACAUCAUUAGGGAAGGUUGAGAUCAGUUCUGUGACCUUUACUUACCAAGGUUAACUAAUAUCUUUUCCAGAGUCAACUCUCCCGUUCUCCCUCAGUUGUCUUUCUCUUUCAUCAGUAAGUUACACAGAUACUUCCAGCUACUUUGCACUUGUAUGAUGAAUUCCAAAUUUUUUAUAGUCACAAUUUUUGCUAAUGCUAUCAUGAAUUCCCCUCCUAUCUUUUGGAAAACACUGGAACUUGAGCUGUUCACCAUUUUUGCCCUAAUGAUGAAAACUGGGUAGAAGUUAGUGUCCCAAAAUUCUUAGUAUUUGACAUUUUUAGAAAAAUGUGUUAAGUUUUUAGCUUCUUCAAUUUUUCAUGAUAAUUUUGCUGUUUUGUUUUUGCUUUCUGGUUUUGCAGUGUAUUUAAUGGGAUAUUCAAAGCAAAUCCUCACACCACAUGAACUCAAAUGAAUUUUUAUGCCAUUUUAACAUAUAUACCAAGAACUACUAAAAUGAACCUCUGCAAGCGCCUGAUGGGGCACCCCAAAUGAGAAACAGUGAAUGGACAGAAAAGAGAAAAAAACAUGAAAUUAUUUUAAAUCAUAACCCCAGGUUGUCACUUUGAUUAGUCUUGUAGACAAGUCUGUUUAUCCAAAUAAAUAAAAAGUAAUUGCACUGUUUUCAUUUGAGUAUCGUGGUCAGGAUUCACAUCCUGCUGUUACGAACUCAUUUGUUAGACCUCUCAAUUUCAGUUGUCUGCCUUUGUUGGUCUUUGGUAGUAAACUUAAAAUGCUAGCACAUUUGAAAAUUUAUGCCUUGUUUUUUGAGAGUCGGGAAUGUGGUACAUACACAGUCAGUAGAUCCAAGGGGCUAAAGUGCAAUGUAAGGCCAAGGAAGAAUUAGUUGCUGAAGCAGUGAAAGAACCUCAUUAUGAGGUGUGAGACAAAUGGAGUUAGCUGGGGCAUAGUGUCUCGUGGCCCUGCGAGGAAGAUCUACAAGUAUUUAUCCAUGUUUCUGGGCAAUUUGAGGAGCUCCAUUUUGUUUGUACUUUCCUGAAUUUUCAUCUUAUUUCACUCUAGCACACAAUUGUAACUAACUUCACUUCAUGGAAGCUUAGUGCGAAAGUUAGAACUUCUGUUUUACCAUGCUUGUAAAAGGCCUGGAGAAGAAACAUGCUUUAUCAGUUGAAACUUCUAAUUUGAUGUGGUAUUUUUCAGAUGGUCAUGUGACCCAUUUAUCCUUCCCAUGUAGUUAACUUAUGUGGUUUGCAAAUAUUUUAAUAAAAGAUCCUAAAUUAA